AUACGGAUCAGGAUUUGAGUACGAUACACUUGAGUGUACCCCGGAGCACCUCAACAUCCAAAGAAACUCUACCAUUAUAAAUGCACUCAACCGUCCUCUCAAUAUUGAACAGCUGAAGUAACUAUUGAACAGCUGAAGCAUGAAUCGUUGGGACAAAAUUGCCCCCUGAAAGCAAUAUAUCCAAAAUACACGUGUUAUUUACCGUGCGAACAGCGCAUCUCAUCUUGUUCCUUGUAGUCCCCGUUAAGCAUAAACCACCUCCGCCCGCACCACCAGUCCUCCACCCCUUUGACCUCCGCAUCUCCGCCACCGCCGACCUUCGCCGCCCAACCAGGCACCUCCCCCCACUGCUAAUUUAAUCAGAAGCAAGAGCUAGAAAUUCCACUAACCAGAAAUGUCAACAACAUCCAUCGGGCUCUAACUCCCAUUCCCCCCCACUCAUCUCAAAGCUCAGUCAUUCCCCUCGUUAAACAAACGAUUGAUUAUGAUGGGCUAUGAGAAUCAGGGCUAUGAAGAAGCCCGUCUCUAUGCAACCAAAGAGCAAAUGUCGGCUAUCUUGCUCCACGAUGAACCCUCGCCGUCGAACGGCUCCAAAUCGUUCCCUGAUGACCCUCUCUCUUCAUCUUCCCACUUCGUCGAAAUCCCGACCUCUGAUGAUACUGAUCACGCGCACUCUCCCCUAUCGAAACAAAACUCCAACCCCAGCCACAGCCACAGCUCAAUCAAUUCGAUCCUUGAGCCGCCGUCUUACGCCGAAGCGGUUUUUCAAUCCUUUGACCUAGAUUCCGUUGAUUCUGCCGAUAUCGGCGGCCUGGACCACUCUGCAUCGGCGUCACCGUCGUCAUUCUCCACGAUGCUGAAAAUCUCUGUUUCGGAUCCGAAGAGGGAGCCGGAGCAAUCGGGCUCUCUUGUGCCUGGAGGUAGUUCUUACUUUUCUUACUUGAUCACCACUUUUACGAAUAUGCCCGAAUUCAAUGGGACGGAAUUUAAUGUGAGGAGAAGGUUUAGAGAUGUAGUUGCGUUGUCGGAGAGGUUGGCAGAGAGCUACCGAGGGUUUUUUAUUCCUCUGAGGCCUGAUAAGAGUGUGGUUGAGAGUCAGGUGAUGCAGAAAAAUGAAUUUCUCGAGCAAAGGCGUGCAGCCUUGGAGAAGUACUUGAGGCGGCUUGCAGCGCACCCGGUCUUGAGAGGCAGUGAGGAAUUGAGGGCGUUUUUGGAGCCUUCAGAUAGAAUGCAACUGAUGAGGACGACUGAUGCCGCUUCAAGGAUGUUGGACGGAGCAGUGAGGCUGCCGAAGCAACUGCUUAGUGGAAAGAGUUUGGAUGGGGCAGAUAUGAGUGAGGUGGCGCAGCCUGCUAAGGGUGGGAGAGAUUUGUUGAGGAUAUUUAAAGAGUUGAAGCAGUCUGUGGCUAAUGACUGGGGUGGAGCAAAGCCACCGUUGGUUGAGGAUGAUAAAGAGUUUCUGGAUAGGAAAGAGAAAUUGCAGGAUUUUGAACAGCAGCUGAUAAAUGUCUCUCAGCAGGCUGAAUCACUUGUCAAAGCUCAGCAAGACAUUGGGGAGACCAUGGGCCAACUGGGGUUAGCUUUUGUCAAAUUAACCAAGUUUGAAACGGAGGAAGUUGCUCAGGAUUCCCAAAGAGCACGUGCUGCAGAUAUGAAAAAUGUGGCAACAGCUGCAGUAAAAGCAAGUAGACUAUAUCGGGAAUUGAAUGCUCAGACAGUUAAACAUUUGGAUAAACUUCAUGAGUAUCUUGGGGUGAUGCUUGCUGUCAACAAUGCAUUUUCAGACAGAUCAAGUGCUUUCUUGACUGUACAAACUCUUUUAUCAGAAUUGUCAUCAUUACAUUCAAGAAUCGAAAAGCUUGAAGCAGCUUCAUCGAAGAUAUUUGGUGGGGACAGAUCGAGGAUUAGGAAAAUUGAAGAGCUGCGAGAAAAUAUAAGAGUAACUGAGAAUGCUAAAAGCAGUGCAGUCAGAGAUUACGAACGAAUAAAGGAAAAUAAUAGAAAUGAGCUGGAGAGACUAGAGAAAGAGAAGCAUGAUGAUUUUGUGAACAUGCUGAAAGGAUUCAUUGUUAAUCAGGUAUUCAAUCGGCCCCUCCAGUGUUCCUUCACAAUAUUGUCUUCAUCAUCUUUUUCAGCAAAAAGAUAUGAUUCUUUUAUUGAUAGUUCUGAAUUUGAGUAACUGAAUACUUGGUGGCUUUUACAGCCGAACUCAUAGUGUUGCAUUUGAUCUAAAAAGAGAAUGCUGCUGCUGCUCUUUUAAUAGCAAGUCUUAUUAUGUUGAUACUUGUUUAUUCUUUUAUUCUUCUUCCCAUUUGCUGAUAUAUAGUCCCUUGCUUAUUUUCCCUUAUUCAGUAUGAGUGUGUUCCCUUUGAUAGAAAAUGGUGGAAAACAUAUGUUUUCAUCAUUUUUCCACUCUUUUCACAUGUUCUGUAAGGUGUAUAAUUUUCCCGGGGCAGGAUAAUUUUUUUUUUCGAGCAGGCCCCCUUUUCCUCUUUCACUCCAUUUUAUGAUGAUAUUGUCAUGUGGUAUUGAUGUGAUAAUAAUUUCCCAUCUAAAAUGUAGAAAAAGGUGGGAUAAAUUCUUUUGCCACAUGAGAUAAAAAAGGUGGGACCACUAAAAUGUUAUGAUUUUUUUUCAUGUUUUCUUCUUCCUCAUGAAAAACUUGCAAUCAAAUAGAACCCUCCCUGUGGAGAAAUCUUACCUUGUGAUAGAGAAAAGCAAAUUUUCUUCCUGCUCCAAAUGUAUUGGUAAAAAAGAGUUUUUGGUUGCUUUUUGUUUCAAUAUUUGUAGUGCAAUUUGAUGGAGACGUGCGAUCUCAUUUAUGAUAUAACAGGCUGGAUAUGCGGAGAAGAUGGCUAAUGUUUGGGAGACGGUUGCCGAAGAAACAAGUGGAUAUAUGAGAAAAUGAUAGGUGUUGAAUCGACAUCAUUUGAGUUGUCUAUUGUUUCUUCUCCAACUGCUAGGUCGAAGGAGGUUCCAGUCAUUACAGUGGAAAAAUGGGGAUAAUUCGAUCACAGUAAAUAUUUGUUCGACGUAGCGCUUCCCGCUUCUGUAUUUUUUUUUCCCACUAAAUUUGCUUUGUACUUGAGAUACGCCUAGUACAAUACCCAUAAAGCUAGCGAGCUGUUUAUCUGAAUUUCGUCAUUACAAUCUCUUUUCCUUUA